GGCGGAGGUGCCGGCUCCCCGGGAAGAGGCGGGUGCCAGCGGCAGCAUCUCCCUGUGAGCCGCCGCACCAAGGCGCGCUCCCGGCCGACCCACUCGCCGCCGCGGCCUCCAGCGCGCCGCCGCUACCUCCCCGGGCAGCGGGGGCUCGCCCGCCCGGCCCAGGCGCCCCUUGCCGCCGGCAGCCGGGGCUGCCGCAGGGCCGGGGGAGGCGAGCAGGGCCUCGCCGUCUCCCGGGAGUCCGGGGAGGGGGUGGGUGCCGCGGCUGCGCCGGAGCUGCCAGCCUCCGCGCUCGGUGGCGGCUGCCGCAGGCGGCUCCGGCCCCCAUCCCCAUCCCCAUCCCUAUCCCUAUCCCCAUCCCCAGGCCGGCGGUGCCGGUGCCGGUGCCGCCCCUCGGCCGCGCCCGCCCCCUGGCUGCCUCGGCGGCGCGGCGGCGCGGCAGUGCCGGCGGGGCUAUGGCUGCGGAGGAGGUGCUGCAGGGUGCGGACCAUUACAAGAGCGAAAUCGAGCGGCUGACCCGGGAGCUUUCCGAGACGACCCACGAGAAGAUCCAGGCGGCGGAGUAUGGGCUGGUGGUGCUGGAGGAGAAGCUCACCCUCAAGCAGCAGUAUGACGAGCUGGAGGCGGAGUAUGACGGCCUCAAGCAGGAGCUGGAGCAGCUGAAGGAGGCAUUUGGACAGUCCUUCUCUAUUCACCGCAAGGUGGCUGAAGAUGGGGAAACACGUGAAGAGACUCUCCUCCAGGAGUCUGCGUCAAAAGAAGCUUAUUACCUUGGGAAGAUUUUGGAGAUGCAGAACGAGCUGAAGCAGAGCAGGGCGGUGGUUACCAAUGUCCAGGCAGAGAAUGAGAGACUCACUGCUAUUGUCCAAGACUUGAAAGAGAAUAACGAAAUGGUGGAACUACAGAGGAUACGAAUGAAAGAUGAAAUUCGAGAGUACAAGUUUCGAGAGGCGAGACUCCUACAGGACUACACCGAGCUUGAAGAAGAAAACAUCACUUUACAGAAGCUGGUGUCCACACUGAAACAGAAUCAAGUUGAAUAUGAAGGCUUAAAGCAUGAGAUUAAACGAUUUGAGGAGGAGACAGUGUUGCUUAAUAGUCAGCUAGAAGAUGCCAUCCGGCUGAAGGAGAUUGCUGAGCACCAGCUGGAGGAAGCCCUUGAAACUUUAAAAAAUGAAAGAGAGCAAAAGAACAAUCUGAGGAAGGAACUUUCCCAGUAUAUCAACCUCAAUGAUAGUAUGUAUAAUAACCAUAUUAAUAUAUCAGUAGAUGGAUUGAAAUUUGCAGAAGAUGGAGGUGAGCCCAACAAUGAUGACAAAAUGAAUGGACAUAUCCAUGGGCCUCUGGUGAAACUCAACGGUGACUACCGAACUCCCACGGGUAGGAAAGGGGAAUCUCUGCACCCUGUCUCUGACCUCUUCAGUGAGCUCAACAUAUCAGAAAUACAGAAACUGAAGCAGCAACUCAUGCAGGUGGAGAGAGAGAAGGCCAUUCUCUUGGCCAAUCUGCAGGAGUCUCAGACGCAGCUGGAACACACCAAGGGAGCCCUGACCGAGCAACACGAGCGAGUCCACAGGCUCACGGAGCAUGUCAAUGCCAUGAGGGGGCUGCAGAGCAACAAGGAGCUGAAAGCUGAGCUUGACUGUGAGAAGGGCCGAGACCCCAGUGAGGAAGCACAUGAUUAUGAAGUGGACAUCAAUGGCUUGGAGAUACUAGAAUGUAAAUACAAAGUAGCUGUUACUGAGGUGAUAGACCUCAAAGCAGAAAUCAAAGCCUUAAAGGAGAAAUAUAAUAAAUAUGUGGAAAACUACACUGAAGAGAAGGCCAAGUAUGAGAGCAGAAUCCAGACAUAUGAUGAACAGGUGACAAACCUGGAGAAGUCAACCAAGGAAAGCCAGGAAAAAAUGGUCCACAUGGAGAAGGAACUUCAAAGGAUGACAAGCAUAGCAAAUGAAAACCAUAAUACCCUCAACACCGCCCAGGAUGAGCUGGUGACAUUCAGCGAGGAGCUUGCUCAGCUCUACCAUCACGUCUGCCUGUGCAACAACGAGACACCAAACAGGGUCAUGUUGGACUAUUACAGGCAAAGCAGAGUCACCCGCAGCGGGAGCCUGAAAGGACCGGAUGACCCUCGUGGUCUCCUUUCUCCACGGCUCGCCAGGAGGGGGGUGGCAUCACCUGUAGAAGCCAGGACCCCAACUGAGCCGGUGACAAAAGAGGCCACGGAGCCUGCCAAGGAGCAGAGCCCAACAAAAACACCUACCAUUUCUCCUGUCAUCACAGCCCCUCCUUCCUCCCCCGUCUCUGACACCAGUGACAUCCGUAAAGAGCCGAUGAACAUCUACAACCUCAAUGCCAUCAUAAGGGACCAAAUCAAGCACUUGCAGAAGGCUGUCGAUCGGUCGCUGCAGCUGUCCCGCCAGCGUGCUGCUGCUCGGGAGCUGGCGCCCAUGAUCGAUAAAGACAAGGAGGCCUUAAUGGAAGAGAUACUGAAACUGAAAUCACUCCUGAGUACAAAGCGGGAACAGAUCGCAACCCUGAGAGCAGUGCUGAAAGCCAACAAGCAGACAGCUGAAGUGGCACUAGCCAAUUUGAAGAAUAAAUAUGAAAAUGAAAAAACAAUGGUGACUGAAACUAUGACCAAACUACGUAAUGAAUUAAAGGCUUUGAAGGAGGAUGCAGCAACCUUCUCAUCCUUGAGAGCAAUGUUUGCAACCAGGUGUGAUGAGUACGUCACACAGCUGGAUGAGAUGCAGAGGCAGCUGGCAGCUGCAGAGGAUGAGAAGAAGACCCUAAACUCUCUGUUGCGCAUGGCUAUCCAGCAAAAACUUGCCCUUACUCAGCGGCUGGAGGAUUUAGAGUUCGACCAUGAGCAGUCCCGACGCAGCAAAGGCAAGCUGGGAAAGAGCAAGAUCGGCAGCCCUAAAGUAAGUGAGGAGGCAUCAGCCACCGUGCCAAGCAUAGACACUUUCCUCCUGCAUAGUCAGGGCCCACAGCAACCAAACUUUCUGGUCAGCAGUGGCACUCAGAGGAAAAGACUAUUCUCACCUUCCCUUUGUGAUCAGAGCCAUCCCAGGACUUCAGGGACCUACCUCCAGAAAUUAUUAAGAGCCCCCCCUCAUCCUGCCUCCACAGAAUCAUAUCUUCUGAGGGGCCCCCCUUCCAUGAGUGAAUUCAUCCAUGGGCACCGUCUCAGCAAGGAAAAAAGGUUAACCGUGGCCAUACCAGUCCUAAUGCUCUUCCAGAAGAGCAGCCACAUUCCAGCUCUCAGUGUGCCCCUCUCAACUGUCUCUCUAAGCCUCCUCCUUACCCCUAAUCUUCAUAUGCAAUGUAAGAGAAAAUGCAAACGGAGUGGAGUUCACGCAACAAAGGUUGGGGUUGUUCCCAGCAAGCGGGUGGACAAUCCUGCCUUGUUGCUGCACCGACAAGUCUGGAUUCGUAUCCCCUGCUUUGGCGACCAAGGGAAGGUUGAGAAGAAGAAUACAAAGCACAGAGCCCAACCUAUCAAGAAGACUUUUUAUGGUUCCUCUGAUUGUAUUCAAACUUUGCUAUCACAACUAAAGUGUAAUGAAAUUUAACAUCUCGACAAAAAUGCUCCUCCCAGCUGCUUGGCUUUACCUCUGAAAUAAUGAGAGGCUUAAGCCAAUGUUAAAAAAAAGUAUGUUACAAAAAUCCUACCCUCACAAUCCUCUAAGUUCAGCCAUAGGAGCCAGUUCAAAUUUCCUUUUGUCAUUAAGGGUGUGAUAUUUAUUACUUACUUUAUUUGCACCAGAAUUUUGUGUUUAUAAAAUAGUCUUUUUUUUUUUUUUUUUGUGGGAGUUGUAUUUAAUUGAUUUAAUUUAAAAUUAAAAAAAAAAAAAAACAAGCAGAAAUAGCUUAAGUGAAGCAUGACUUUGUUAAUAUUAAAAGAGGCUUGUUGCAUUGGCCAGCAUAUGGCCAAUUUUUAUUGCACAAAAAUGUUGGAAAUGGGUUGAAUUGGAAUGUUAACAAUGACUGUAUAUUUUGCUGCUGCACUGAUAUUGUUUAUGCACUUAUUUUUUUUUUAAUUCCUAUUACACUAGCUUCUGGUUUUGUUCUAGCUCUUCACUGAAAGAUAAUUAUUAAGCCUAAGAAGGAGAUGAAAGGAUGAUGUAUUGAUUUGUUUUCAUUUGUUUGCUUGCAUCAUAAUUAUCUUUUUGCGUUUCAGACAAGUAGAUGAAUUGGUGCUGUUUUUUGGGGUUACUUUCUAUUUAGUAUCUGAGAAAGAAAAAUCUAAACCAAGUAAAAUGUUGUGUGCUAAUUAAAAACAUUCUUUCCUCCCACUCCCAUAUUCAGGAUACUGGUUCGCGGCCUUACCAUGAAAGGCUAGUACGAAUGAAGUAGUAAGCAUUUUGUAUGAAGCAUUCUGUGGUGACAGAACUCAUGCAGGUAGGGUUAAUGGUGUGGAUCAAAUCUAGCAGGACUUUACUGUAGUGCAUUUUUUUCCUUGCCAAAUAUCAACAGACACAGAACCUUAGCUCAUGUCAGUUUAUGACAAAUACUCAGGUGAUCUACUCUACGCAGACUCUAUCGCAACAGUGCACAGUGUUCCUAGUUAAAGAUUCUUUCCUGUAAAAGCUGAGUAGGUCUGGGGUUUUUUGUUUUAUUUUUUCUUAACGUAGAGGAUUUCAGAAUAAAAGCAAGGAUAGCAGAAUUUAUUUUGCACAGUACCUGACAGCAAGGCAAGUGGCUAAGUAGGAGGUCACAGUUCAGCAUCUCUGGGCUUCCCAUCUGGUCAUCAGCUAGAAAACAAGGCUGCAGUACUGCCUACCUGCCUACUUGUUGGUAAUUAGCAGACUCCUUGCUUUGUCAGGUGGCCUUAAUUUAAUUACAGACGAAAGGCUUAGAUAUUUCCAUGCCUUUAUUCCUUCUCUGCAGCAUACGUAUGACCUACAAGUGGGAAACACAGUACAGCCUAAGGUACAGAGCAGCUAGGGAAAAAAAUUUGCUGCUGCAGGUGUGGUUGGAAUAAUUCUUUCAUAUUCUGCCUGAAUCUGAGAAAACGAAGUCAGUCUGCUGUUAGUAACAGUGCUUACCAAAUAUUACGAUACACAAAACAUCAGCAGAGGAAAGAAUCGGUGACCACUCAGUGUGCCUAACAAAUCAUUCUUACCAUAGUACCAGUAACGAAGGUGCUGUAAAUAGAAAUACUCUAUGUCAUCAACCGUGUAUGUCGUGUAACCUUGGCAGAGCAGCUGAGCUAUUGUAACAAAAUAUUCAGAGGUGGAAAAAAAUAGGAACAAACUGACAUCCAAUUCUGAUCAGAUCAGACAACACUUGGCAGUGUUUCAAGUUUGGUUUUCAUGCAGUUUGCAUGCUUCUUGUAAACAUUUACAUUACUAUUCAGUAUCAUACUUAACGUAUGUGUUGUUGUGUCAUAGAAAAGCCCAGUAAAAACUUGUUCAGCUCUAUCAUACUGUCUGACACUGAGAUUAGCUGCUAUUUUGGUUUUUUUAUUUGAAAAAACAAACAAACCAAACCAAAACAUUUUGUCUGAGACAAGUGCUGCCUUCAAAAAGCAUCUCGGAAUUCCUGACUUUGUCAAACUGGUGUAUGAAUAUUGUACAGUGGCCACGUCCGUGUCCAACAAAGACAGCUACUGUAUAUUGUUAAAAAGAAAAAGAAAUCGCAUUGCAUUUUGAAUACAGCUACUGCAAGUUGCACUUGGAAUAGUUUUUCCUAUUUUCAAAUCCAAAUCAAACAGAUUUUCCCUGAAUUUAAGUUAAAAAACAAAAACUUCAGUGAAAUACAUUUCCUUUCUAUAUAGAUACGAAUUUAUUGGAAAAAAAAGUUAUAUCAGGACAGUUGUUUAGAAACAUAUUUGUUUCCAGUUGUGAUUUGCAGAGCAACUGUGGGAAAUUGAAACAUUGUACUGGUGUGUCCACGUGGAUCCACAGUUAUGGAGCAGCGUCCAAUGGUAUGGAAAUUGUGAACCUGUUUUAUAGAAAUAAAUGGGUUUAUUAUUUUUUUUUUUUAUUCUCUCAAGCUUUAAAUUCUUCAUUUCUAAGUUUUUAAUUUACAUUUUUUAAUAUGUAAUUAAACUUGAGUGGUGAAAAUAUAAGAGAACUAGAAAAAAAAACACUUAGAUGUACAAAUGGCUGUAGUUAUCGCAUUGUAAGUUAUAAAAUCGUGUAGGUCUCUGGGACAACUUUUGUCAGUUAACCAGUACAAAAUAAAAUAUGUAUCUUGAACUUGAGAUGAUAAACUCUUCUUUGUUACAUAGUGAUCGAUAACAUAUAACUGCGUGAGAGAUUUUGCAGGAAAUAUUUAAAUGCAGACCAGAAAAACCCCCAUUUUUUAAGGGUUGCAAAAUAUUAUAUUUUGCCCAUUUAUAAUUAAUUUAUGAUGUGUUGAUAUCUAUUCUGAUUUGUAAAGAUUAAGAAAAAAAUGAUACGUGUGUUUGUAAGGGUUGAGUAUACUCAGAAACCCUCAAUGAUGGCCUUGAAAUUUCUUUGGAUUUGGAAUAGCCUAUUCAGUCCUGGGACAUUUUGGUUUGGGUUUUAUUUUCGGAUGUAUUGAAAAAAUAUUCCUUGUUCAGUGAAAUGAUCCACUUCUAGAAAUUCAAUUUAUUGGAAAUGCAUGGGGAAAAAAAAAAUAGAAGCAAACAUAAAAAUGAAAUAUAAGGGGAGUAAAAGAAAAAUAAAUUGUAAAACAUAAUAGUAUUGAAAAUAUAUUUUCUAUCAGUCAGAAGAUAAAUUGAGGCUUUACAGAAAGAAGAAAUAUUACCAUUUUUCGUGCUAAUCGUAUAGAAGUUUUUGCCUCCUAGAUGAAGGCGAUAGUGAUAUUCUUUCUAUUGAUCUAAUUGACAGGUUGGCAUCUCUGUGCUUUCUCCAUCCACAUUUUUCACUAAAUUAAUGUAACUAUAGCUAUACAGUAGGGUUCAUAGAAUGAAAUUGUAAUUAAGGUAAUGCUGCAAUUUUUAAUGCCAAGAUGACUUUCAGUUUAUUUUAAAAUAUUGUGAACUUGUUUGAGCCAUUUUCCAUACUAGGUGUGAACAGAAAGAAGAUUCUGUUAUGAAAUAUAACCUCACUUAUGAAAUAUGACCUCACCUAUGAAGGCUGCUCAUUAUAAUUUUGUUGCAAAUACUUAAGCAAACCGUUAGCAAAAUAUGACCCAGUCCUCAUCACCCUGGGAACAACACCCGUGAGUCCUGGCCCUUAUUUUGAUACCAACCUUUAUCAUUCAGUGUGCGAUGCCGAAGUCUGUAGUUGUGCUACCAAUUCCACUAUAGCUCGAUUGAUCAUCAUCAUCAUAACGUACAGAUUUUAUCAGCCUUUUUAAGUCUGUUCCUUUCUUUGGCAGAAGAUGCAUAUCCACUGGGGUUACAAUGGAUUUACUUCUUUUGUACUUCAGAAAUCUUUGUUUGAGAACGACAGGCACAGAAGUUUUACCUUUGAAGUGUGAUAAUUGCUACAGUUACCUCUUUAAAAAUUCCAGUCAUCACUUUUCUUCAGUUUUCCUUUGCUGUGUGUGCAGUGAGUCUGAAAGGGAUAUACAAUAUUCAGACUUUUUUAGCCACUAGGGGUUUUAUUUUAGUACAAUUAAGCAUCUUGUGCAAAAGAAACAAAAAAGUAAUUGCCUUCUGCCUUCAGGCACAAAUGCAUCUAAAUAUGCAAUUUAGAAUGUGUACAUGAGAUUCUUAACGUGAGGUAGCUUUUCCAUACCCAUAAUUAAGCUAGAAAAUUCGUAUUUCUUGUGCCAUCUGCAUAUUCCUCUUGCUAAAAAGGCAAGAGGACUAUCACAGAGAGUUUGUAUCUUUCAUUCUGAGGUGCACAGCUUAAAUCCUUAUUGGAUUUUAAUCUGUUUCCUGUGGAGCUCUUGAAAAUCCCCUUCAUGAAAUUUGAUUGCAACCAAGUGACAAACUGGCAAAAAGUAAAUGAAAAAUCCUAUAUUCCAUGACUGGAGUUAAUGUGCGGGCAGACUCUGGGUGAUAGGGCCUUGCAUUUCAAAAAUGUCUUUCCUCAAAGCUCUGUAUUUGUUUUGAUUAUCAUGAUUUCCUGUAAAAGAAAGAGUGGAGAAGACUGUAUGUUUUUUCUCAGCAUUAGUAAACUGAGUUUAAAAGUUUUUAUUGAUUAUAUGGUUAUUGGAUUUCAGUAACAUUUUGGAAAUCAGUAAAUGCAAGCGAUUGAUAAAAGUCUCAAGUAGUCUGGCUUGCUAGCUGAGUUGUUAUCAGCUACGAAUAAGAAAUAACAGUAAUCUAGCUUUUCAUUUUCUAUUCACAGAUAUGGCUAUGUGUGCUAUGCCAGUGGAUAACUUAAGUCCAUUUUAUUACUUAUUGCCCUAUUGAUUUUCAGCCCUGCGGUUUGACUGUUAAGGGGUUAAUUAACUCAAUCCUUUGUAAACAAUUUAAAAAAAAAAAAAGAAAAAAGAAAACUGAUGUUUUGUGACUUUUGUAAUCUAUUGAAUGUUUCCAUUUGCAUGAUGUUCUGUAUCUGACGAACCAUACAGAUUGCUGUGUUCCUUUCAAAAGAGUUUUAACAUUGGUGGAGUUUGUGACAAACACAAAUUUGUAUACUGUAUGUGUACUGCUGUAAUAACUCAGCUACUCCUAUGUUGAAUUGACAUUAUGUUGUCCUGCCUUCUUGGGGUUAAAUGAUGGAGUGUUUCUAGAUGGUGAAGAAUAUAAAAGUAUAUAUGUUCAUUUGCUAAAGACUGAAUAUUGGAAACUCUUCUUGUUGCUACUUUAUGCUAAAAGCAAAGAAGUUAAAUAACUCUUGUUUCCAAAAAUGCAUCAUUUGUUUUUAAAAUUGAAGUAAUUCCCAUGUUAACUCUUCCUUGUCCUUGUAGACAAUCCUAGAUUAAUGCCUCGUGAGGGAUUCAUAAAGUCUGUGCUUGUACAUGUCUAAUAUGAUCAUGCAGUCAAAUGGUUGGGAAAAACACUCUAGUGCUGAAGAAAAUAAUUAAAAGAAGCCAAUAUACUGAUUCUUACAUCUUUAUGUUCCAAUUAAAAUUACAGUGUAAUACAUAACUGUUCCAGUGAAUAAACUGGCCAUUUUUGUUCAUUUAA